AUGUGUAUGCUCGUGACAUUCCGCCAGUCCGACAUGCUCCUCACCAUCCAAUACGCCGACGACACUACUUUGGCGAUGUGCAUACGCUCCUCCGAUGAUCUUGCCGCCAUUCAAGCUCACCUGGACAAGCUGGCUGUCUGGUGUGCCACUAACCAUCUCCGUGUCAGCCACGACAAGUGUGCCGUGAUGCGGUUCAGUUCGGCCAGGAAGGUCCAGACGCCACGCUACAUGCUUGGAAGGCUCCCUCUUCCACCUGUACAGGAGCUCAACAUCUUGGGUGUAUCAUUCACGCCCUCACUCGAUUUCAGCUGCAAUGUGGCUAAAGUGGUGAGCAGGUCUCGCAGGGUACUGGGAUUGGCGUCUCGAUUUUUCCGGCGUUUUGGACGGGAGACCCUGAAAACACUGUAUACGGCUCUGGUACUUCCUCGACUGCAGUACUGUUCUUCAAUAUGGAGCCCUCAUCAGAUACACCUCACUGAGCGCCUAGAAUAUGUGCAGCGCGGCGCGACUCGAACCUUGUCCCGCCACGACCAUUUUUCUGACUACGAUGGACGCCUGCGGUCUCUUGGCUGGCACCGCCUGAGCCACCGACGAACAGUGGCGCGUCUCCGACUUGUUGCAGUUGCCGCUGGCCCUUCGCUGGCCGGCUCCUACCUAGCAUCAGUUCCCCGUAUCUCUAGCCGGACAAGCUGUCCUAUCCCUCUCCGCGCCCGCACCCGGCGACAGGAAGCUUCAUUGUUCCCCGCCGCGGUGAGCUCAUACAUGUCAUUACCUGAGCGCACGCGCCAGCCCCUGCCGGGGACUGGGGACGAACUCCGCGACUUCAGCAGGACUGUGUCGCGUGCCCUCCGAGCUCAAUAA